GCAUCUUUGCUUCAGCAGAGAAGACGGACACGCAUCCGCUGCCUAGAGAGAGGGACGUUUCAUGUGUAGCUCUUCCCUGGCUAUUUAAACAGGGCAGCGCGUCCCCUGGGGGCACACUCCACAGAAGAAGAAGAAGGGCUGAAGGGGUUACCGGCAGCAGCGAUGGCGAUCCGGCGACAACCGUGGGCAUUUUCUUCUCUACACCUGCCACUGGCGACUGCUCUUCUGUUCGUAUGGAUGUUUGGCUGGGGGCAUGCGAUGGCACAUACUGAUACUGCCAACAUGACGGCACUCCAGAAGCACGUCUCUUUUUUUGACCGUAACAAGGAUGGCAUCAUUACUCCUUCGGAAACAUUUGAAGGGUCUGUCGCAAUUGGUUUUAGCGUUGCAUAUGCCAGAGAAUUUGCCUCCUUGGUGCAUGGUGCUAAUGGUCCUAUAACAAGCCCCGCUGAUGCACCAUUGCCUCACUUGUCAAUAUACAUAGAGAAUAUGUACAAAGGAAUGCAUGGGAGUGAUACCGGUGCAUUUGAUGCUAAAGGAAGGUUUGUUCCACAAAAGUUUGAGGAAAUAUUCAUAAAGCAUGCAAAAACUAGACGAGAUGGAUUGACACAUUCGGAGGUGGAGGAAAUGAUCCUAGCAAAUCGUGAUCCACUGGACCCUGAAUCAUGGGAGGGACCUGAAAUAGAAUGGGGAGGAAUAUACAAGCUCGCGAGGGACAGUGAUGGAUUUCUUCAUAAGGACGAUGCGAGAGGCAUAUAUGAUGGAAGUGUAUUUGUAAAGUUGGAAGAGAAGCGGGCCUCUUCUCAGGGUGUAAUGUAAUAGAGUGCAACAUGUUGUAUGCUUUACACAUGAAAACAUCUGGGGAACACAUGGUGUGUAUAUUGAGACCAGUAAAUAUAUCUAUUCAAGUGUUGAUUGCGCAUAAGUAAA